AAAACUAGUAUCCUGUGCACCUUACACAAUCCUUACCCAAUAGAACCUACUAAAAUGAAUUGAAAAUUUUGCAUGUCUGUUUCACAACCUAAAUGAAGACUUUCAAGCUCCUCACCAUCUUCUUCUUCUUCUUCUCCAUCCUCUCCUUCUCCUUCUUCACCCACACAGCUUUAUCAGACCCUAAUUGCCAACCUACCUCAUGCCAAUUCAGACCGAUGGUCCGGUUCCCUUUCCACCUAACAAGCCUUCAAGACAGCCGGUGCGGAGUUCCAGGCUUUGGUCUUUCAUGCAACCACAAGAACCAAACAAUCCUAACCCUCCCACUCGCCGGUAAAUUCAUCGUAAAGCAAAUCGACUACACCAAUAAAUGGAUUUACAUCAACGACCCAGAUUUCUGCAUCCCCAAGAGGCUCCAAAGCUUCAACCUUUACAGAUCACCGUUCAUAUCAGCUUUUCCGAUGAACAUCACGUUUCUCAACUGUUCAUCGGACAGCUGGUACGACUUUCAAUCGAUACCAAUCUAUUGCCUCAGCACUAACCCGAACUACACCGUAGUAGCUUCCAGAAGUCCUUAUGUGCCUUUGGGUUGCCAGAACAUGUCUAGGGUUUCGGUUCCGGAACAGUACUCGGUUUCCCGGGACCGGAAUCCGGGGGAUCAUAGUGAUGAUCUCAUGCUGACGUGGAGGAUACCUGGUUGUAUGGCUUGUGAAGCUAAGGGUGGGACUUGUGGUUACAAAGAUGUUAAUAGAGGGCAGAUUGGGUGCUUUAAUCUUCCUGGAAAAGGUAUGCCAAGGACUAUAAAGUACGGGAUUACCAUAGCCCUUGGAAUACCCGGGCUUGUAUGCCUCCUUGGGCUUGCAUGCUACACUGCCAGCAAAAUGAAGACCAUUUCCCAGCGCCGCCAGCACGACACCGAUCUGUCUAACCCGUCAAUCACUCGCCAACCCUUCGCCAUCACAGCGGGCCUGAAAUUAUUAAAUUAG